GUGUAGUGGAGGAAAGGAGCCAGAAUGACUGUCCGGGAGUUGCGGGGGGAGGGAAAAGGGCGUUGGCAUGCGGCCGCGGAGUGAAGUGCAUAGAAACUCCUUCGCCCGCCGUUGAUUCUGAGCACAGGGCAGGUCUCGACGAGGCCCCCUUAGGACGGGUGUUUUCGUGCAGCUUCAGUUGAUAAUGGCCACCAUCUUUGUUAAAAGCCAUAACAGAUUUGAAGCAGAGUUCCGGUUACCUGUUUAUUCAAUCACACCAUUUUUAUCUUGCUCUUGAGCUAACAAAGCGUCCAGAGCGACUUACAGGAUGAGUAGUCCAAAUCACCCAAACCAGUUCUCCCCACUUUUUGUUUACUUUUUAAUUUGAUAUCCCGCCCUUAUUCCCAAAAGGAGCCCAGGGCGUUCCCUAUCCUCGGGCUAUUCAUAUCUGUGAUAUUAAGAGCCACUGGAGAUGCAAACAUACAUCAAAGGACACUUCCCCCACAACUUAAUCUCUGUGCCCCUUAAAAAUAAAAAUCACCUGUUAAACUAAUGUCUGCACUUGGUGGAGUCUUGUCAGGCUGCUAAGAUGUCAAGUCAAAAGAAGUGUCCAGACUGUGGCUCCUUGGAAAUUGUAGAGGACUCUCAUUAUGCUCAGAACCAGCUAGUGUGUGCAGACUGUGGCUUCAUUCUGACUGAAGGGCUUCUCACAACCACAUUUGCUGAUGAAGAGCAUUUACAAGAAGUGACAUAUUCACAUAGUACUGGUCAGAAUGAGCAGACGAGCCGCUGUGUACGGCGAGGGAUCAUGCGUGUUCGGGAUCUCUGCAAAGUUCUCCGGCUUCCUUCUCUGUUUGAAGACACUGCAGUGUCCUACUACCAGCAGGCAAUCAAACAUCCCUGCUUCAGUUUGGUCAGCUUGGAGAGGAAAGAGAUGCUUGUGGGCUGUUGUGUCUUUGUGACUUGCCGGCAGCACAACUGGCCCCUGACCAUGGGCACAGUCUGCUUGCUACUCUACGCAAACAAGGAGUUGUUUGCUCGAACCUACCUGCGCUUCUUGAAGGAACUGGCACUGGAUGUACCUGCUCUGAGCUUGAUGGAUCUGGUGAAAACCCACCUUAACAGCUUCAAGCUUUUCCAGAAUUCACCCAGCAUCCCAAUUAAGUUUGUGGAAGACAAGGACAAGCUGGUGGUGAGGACUAUCCAGAUGGUGGAGCUUGCCAGUGAGACGUGGCUGGUGACGGGCCGGCACCCCAUCCCCAUUGUGACAGCAGCGGCCUUCCUGGCUUGGCAGUCCCUCCGGCCUGUUGAUCGCCUCACUUGCACCCUUUCUCAGUUCUGUAAGCUUGCUGGAACAGAUGCUCCCCAGCCCGCCCGCCAGAGGCUGAAGGAGCUGCAUAAGAUCCUCCUCCAGAUGGCUUCACAACUGGGCUGGUUGCGAGUACUCAAGGUGGACCGGCGGACUGUGGCAAAGUACAUUGGUGACCUACUCCAGCACCGCCAUGUGCUUCUGCAGGCUGCCUUCCGCAUAGUGGAUACUGCUGAAGACUGUGAUCUAGAAAACCCAGCAGCUGCACCACCGCAGCCUGUAGACGAGAGUGCUGCAACACUUGAAGAGGCCUCCCUUUCAGGAGAGAAACGGAAAUCCAGCAGCCAGCGGAUUCCUUUGCUCCCGCCCUGCCUCCUGAACCCCAAAAAGAAGCUACGAACUCCUCCACUGGGCCCCGAGGACUCUGCUAUCACUGGGGAUGAGCCCAUUUUAGACAGCGAGAUAGAGCAAUACAUCCGGACUCCGGAAGAAAAGGAGAUGUUUAGCAAGGCUCAGGCCUGCCUAUGACCUUAAAGCUGCAAGUGAUUCAGAGAGGCAUGUAGCAAAUGACAACAUAGGCCCUGGCCCCUCGUGCUUGUGGCCCCAAGAUGUUUACCUUGUCUUUUUAGGAGGUCCUCUCCUUGAUGGGGGACUGGUGUUAUAACAUCAUUGCCCCCUUCCGUUAGUACUAAGAAGGGUCUACGAGAACUAUUAGAAUGUUAACUAGACAUUGUCAGCAUGCUGUUUUUUUAAAAAUCUUCUCUCUGUCCUAAUCCUAGGGGAGGCAAGCUUGAUGUGCCUCUAUUACAUUCCCAAUCCCUGAUGGAGAAUGAUGCUGGUAAUGUUUGAAUUUCAUUCAUAUUGCAAUAAGGAUGAAUAACCUGCCUGUGUCAAAGGGACUGUUUCCUUUUGCAAUGGUAAUAUUUCAAUCCAGUUGUAGGAUUGCUUAUCAUCACAGAAGCUCCUGCAUCCUUCAGGCAUGGCUUCUUCCCACACUAAUAUUUGAAGGCAAGUGCGGGCGGCCUGACUAGUUGUGGUUACUGGUGGAGCCACUAACAUUUGUGUUGGGAGUGUAACCACUUCAGGUGGCUAGCACAUGUGAUUGUUUUUCUUCAUCUCUUACCAGAGAGGUGUGAGAAGGGGUCACACUGCUGUGGUUUCCAUGCCAUUUAGGAUAGCAUAUGAAUGGCAUAUAAAUGGUCAUGCUGUCUGUCGGUGAGAUGUAGCUACUCUUGAGGAGGGGGGAUAGGCCAGCUGGGGCAACAGAAACAUUUUUGAGUAGGGUUAGUCUUGAGUACUUCUGGUCCUUAUAGUUAGGUAAGGGAGGGCGGCGGAAAGGUGUGAAAAUCAACUUGCAAGUUGUUUCAGGCAUGCUUGCUUUAAACCCAGAUCUGUGAAACAGUUUUGGUGUCACAAGGAUCUCUUUAUAAAUCACGUGGAGCGUGAUGGCUCUUUUACAUCAUACGAACAUCAUAAGGUGGUGAAUUUGUUUGAUUAAUGGAGCUGUUUAGUUAAUGCUGUUUUUGGUUUGGUGAGUUCCCCACCGCCAGCCUCAGCCAAUUGAGGAACAAGCCUUCUAGGUCACAUGAUAAUAUUUGAUUUGUUCAGUUGCUCAAAUUGUUGAUGGACACACAAAUCCAUUUAUUGCUCCAUUGCCACAACUCAAUAAAAGCAUGACUUUAUAACUGCCCAGAUAGUGUCGGAGCACCAGAGGAAUAAGAAAGCAAUAGCUAACAUAUUGGAUGUUGCAAAUCUUUUAAUAUAUUAAACAAGAAACAUCUGCUAGAAACAGUUCAUUUUUAUAAAAUGCAAAACCCCUAUUAAAUGCUUUCUUUGGCACA